AUGGGCAACGGGAUGUGCUCCCGCAAGCAGAAGCGGAUCUUCCAGACGCUGCUGCUGCUCACCGUGGUCUUCGGCUUCCUCUACGGCGCGAUGCUCUACUACGAGCUGCAGGCGCAGCUGCGGAAAGCCGAGGCGGUGGCGCAGAAGUACCAGCAGCACCAGGAGUCCCUCUCCGCCCAGCUGCAAGUUGUGUAUGAACACAGAUCAAGAUUAGAAAAAUCCUUGCAAAAGGAAAGACUUGAACAUAAGAAAGCAAAGGAAGACUUUCUUGUUUAUAAGUUAGAAGCACAAGAAACACUAAAUAAAGGAAGGCAAGAUUCCAAUAGUAGAUACAGUGCUCUGAAUGUGCAGCAUCAGAUGUUGAAAAGUCAGCACGAGGAGCUGAAGAAACAGCACAGCGACUUGGUGGAGGAGCACCGCAAACAGGGAGAAGACUACAGCAGGACGUUCAGUGACCAUAAGCAGAGGUACCUGCAGCUGCAGCAGGAGAAAGAGCAGGAGCUUUCUAAGCUGAAAGAGACGGUGUACAAUUUGAGAGAAGAGAACAGACAACUAAGGAAAGCACACCAAGACAUACAUACACAGCUUCAAGAUGUCAAGCAACAGCAUAAGAAUUUACUCACCGAGCAUGAACAUCUUGUAGUGACUUUGGAAGACCACAAGAGUGCACUAGCGGCUGCACAGACUCAAGUUGCAGAAUAUAAACAGCUGAAGGAUACUCUGAAUAGGAUUCCCAGCUUUCGAAGAGCAGAACCGGCAGAGCAGCCAACUGUUACGCAGGUGGCACAUUCCCCGCAAGGGGACACCAUAGCAGGGGAGAAUGCAGCCCGGGAGCAGCAGGAGGUGUCUCGAAACAGCGAUGCGUGGCAGAAUCACGGAGCCGCGACGGGAAGAACAGAGGAAGCAAAACACGACCCUCCCACUCAGAAGGAGGCCGACCUUCAGGCGGCGGAGCUCAAUCAGCCGCAGGCGGAAUCCAGAGAGCCCGAGGGGCACCAGGUGGAAGAGGAGCAAAGGAAGGCCCUGGAGGAGGAGGCGAUGGAGCAGGUGGGGCAGGCGGAACGUCUGGAGGAGGAGCACGACCCAUCGCCAGAGGAGCAGGACCGGGAGUGGAAGGAGCAGCGGGAACAGAGAGAGGAUGGCAGGGAAGGGCGCGCUCACGCGGAGGUGCAUCCUUCAGCAGAGCCCGUGACCAAGUUCCGAUCUCCGUACGAGGAGCAGCUGGAACAGCAGAGGCUGGCGGUGAGGCGUGCAGAGGAGGCCCAGCGGCUGAGGCAGCACCAGGAGGCCCUGCACCAGCAGAGGCUGCAAGGACACUUGCUGAGGCAGCAGCAGCAGCAGCAGCAGCACCAGCAGCAGCACCAGCAGCUUCUGGCCCAAGAGAUGGCCCGGCAGAGGCAGGCCCUGCAGGAGGAGGGGCGGCCUCAUCGCCCGGAGCAGCUAAGGCAGCAAGCUCAUUAUGAUGCUAUGGAUAACGAUAUUGUUCAGGGAGCAGAGGACCAGGGCAUCCAAGGAGAAGAAGGAGCCUAUGAGAGAGACAACCAGCACCAAGAUGAGGCAGAGGAAGACCCAGAGAACGGCCAGGAGCCUCAAGGACAGGGGCUCCGGGAAGCGGACCCAGACUCUGAGGCAGACAGGGCAGCUGUGGAGGACAUCAACCCCGCGGAUGACCCUAACAAUCAAGGCGAAGACGAAUUUGAGGAGGCCGAGCAAGCGAGAGAAGAAAACCUACCAGAUGAAAACGAGGAGCAAAAGCAAAGGCGGCAAAAGCAAGGGAACGCGGAAAUGGAGGAGCAUUUGGUGAUGGCGGGAAACCCAGACCAGCAGGAGGAUAAUGUGGAUGAGCAGUACCAGGAGGAGGGCGAGGAGGAGGUUCAGGAAGAUUUGACUGAAGAGAAAAAAAGGGAAUUGGAACAUAAUGCUGAAGAGACCUAUGGCGAAAACGAUGAAAAUGUCAAUGAGAAAAACAAUGAUCGAGAGGAACAAGAAGUUCGAGAUGACAACCACCUCAAAGGCCGAGAGGAACACUAUGAGGAGGAGGAGGAGGAAGAGGAGGACGGAGCAGCUGGUGCUGAGAAAUCACAGCAAAGAGCUGAAAUGUAG